UUCCUGCUGAACCCGGCUGCUCUCUCCAAAGAUCACAUGGUCCAGUUUCGCUUCUUGGGUAUCCUGAUGGCGGUGGCCAUCCGCACGAAGAAACCUCUAGACCUGCAUCUUGCGCCGUGGGUGUGGAAGCAGCUCUGCUCCAUGCCACUGGGAGAGCCCGACCUAGAGGAGGUGGACCUCCUCACCUUCCGCACCUUACAAGGCAUUCUGCACUUGGAAAACAGCGGCAUCACAGAGGAGAAUUUCCAUGUGAUGAUUCCACUGGAUUCGUUCGUGGCCCACAGUGCAGACGGAAGGCUGGUGCCGGUGGUUCCCGGAGGCCAAAACAUUUCCCUUAACUUUUCCAACCGCACGGAGUAUGUGGAGAGAGCGUUGCAGUACAGACUUCAUGAAAUGGACUCUCAGGUGGCAUCGGUCAGAGAGGGCAUGUCGGCCAUCAUCCCCGUUCCGCUCCUCUCACUGCUGACCGCCCAGCAGCUGGAGCAGCUUGUGUGUGGCUUGCCCGAGGUGUCGGUGGAGACGCUGAAGAAGCUGGUGCGCUACCGUGACAUCGCGGAGAGCCACCAGCUAGUGGCCUGGUUCUGGCAGAGCUUGGAGGAGUUUACCAACGAGGAGCGCGUGCUCUUCCUUCGCUUCGUCUCCGGCAGGUCCCGGCUGCCGUCCAACCCGGCCGACAUGACGCAGAAGUUCCAGAUCAUCAAGGUGGACCGGGUGAGUUUGGGCUGAAAGAUGCCUGAUGCC